AUGGAGGAUUUGGAAAGAGCCAUCCUUGUCGCUUUGGAUCCCUUUGCCGACCCAAAUGUCAAGCUCCAAGCGAAUCAAUACUAUGCGCAGGUCAAGGCGUCUCCCGAUGCCUGCAAUCUGGCUCUUGGUCUCUUUAUGAAGUCUCCUGCCAGUGCCCCAGAGAUUCGAUUCAUGGCAUUACAGAUGCUGGAAGAGGUGCUGCAGGCUAGCUAUGAGGCACUUGAGCCCAACUUUCGGGUGCUGGUGCGCCAGCGCUUGUGGAAGUAUCUCUCGGAGGAGAUGCCGGAAACCGAAGUGAUCUACAUCAAGACGAAGCUGGUCGUUGUCCUUGUGAUCCUGUUCAAAAACCAGUACUUGCAGGAGUGGCCUACCUUCUUUGACGAGCUGCUGUCUCUGCUGGAAACCACCAAGGGGACGCCAAAGUUCCCAACCAUGGUCGACCUCUUUCUCCGGUUCUCGGUCACCAUCGAUACCGAGGUGGUUUCGCUCCUCAUCGUCCGUUCUUCCAAAGAGACGGCACUGAAUACGCUCAUCAAGGACAAGAUGAGAGAGCGGGAUGUGGCCCGUCUUGCUGCCGUCUGGUUCGACAUCCUCGCCUCGCACCACCAGUCCAAUCCCGAGAUUGCCUGCGAGGCCCUGCACGUCAUCGGCCUCUAUGUCUCGUGGAUCGACGUCACCAUCUUUGUGCAUCCAACCUUCAUGAACAUGCUCUACCAGCUGCUCUCGGUGAACUCUGUGCGGUCCGCUGCUUGCCAGUGCCUCGUCGAGAUCGUGGCCAAGGGGAUGAAGCCCGCGGACAAGCUGCGGAUGAUCCAUGAGCUGCAGCUGGUCAGCAUUCUGGACCGUCUCCAGCUCGACGACGAAGACUUUACCGACCACGUCGCCAAGCUCGUCAACAUGAUCGGCCUCGAGCUCUGCAAGUGCUGGGAGGAGUUUGACAACUUUUCGGACGCCCAGACCGUCACCUUCACACUGAUCCAGCAGCUUUUCCCACACCUGACCCUCUUGCUCUCCAACGAGUACGACGACACGACCUUGAUUGUCUUUGACUUCUUGGAGCACUAUCUUGCGGUGCUCAAGAGACAGAAAAAGCUCGCAGGCGGCCAGAUCUCAGAGCAGCUGCGCGACAAUCUUGUUGCACUCCUGCGGGUGCUGGUCAUGAAGAUGAACUGUGAUGAGGACUCCUUCCAGUUUGGCGAAGACGCUGGCGAGAGCGAGGCCCUCUUCCUGGAUAUGCGCAAAAGCUUGAAGCAAUACGUCGAUGCCAUUGCCGUGAUCGACUACAACUUGUAUCUCAACUUCCACGCCACUGAGAUCUGCCAGCGGCUCGACGUCAUUGCUGCUUCCCCGACCGCACACAGCUGGUCAUAUCCAGAACUGACUCUGCACUUGCUCUACCUUAUUGGUGAGCCGAUCAAAGGCCCCUUGCAGUUUGUGACUGUGGCCGAGAACGGCACAUCGACGAUGACCCUGUUUGGCACGAUGCUGGAAAAGAUGAUUACGAGCAACAUCUCCAGCUACCCUCAUGAAAGCGUCGCGCCCAUCUUUUUCGAAAAUGUAGCAAGAUACGCCGGAUUCUUUGAAUCGUGUCCGCAGUACAUUCCCAAUGUACUACAGGCGUUUGUUGAUGUUAGGGGACUGCAUCACUCGAGCACCUCGGUCCGCUGCCGGGUCAACUACCUGUUCCUGCGGUUUGUCAAAACCAUGCGGCUUCGUCUGUUGCCCUACGUCGAGCAUGUCAUCACCAAUGUGCAGGAUCUUUUGCUCGUCGCUCGUCCUCCUCCUCCCCCAAACGAUGCCAACAGCGAUGUCUCCAGUAUCGCCAGCGAGUUUGACAGCCAGCUCUAUCUCUUCGAGGCCAUCGGCAUGCUGAUUUCCCUGGAAGGCAUCGUACCAGUCAAACAAGAAGCCAUGCUCCAGGCCAUCCUUGCUCCCCUUCUGGUCAACAUUCAGGAUAUCAUGGAGAAAGAGUCCGAAAAACUUGGCGAAGAAGCUGUCAUCUACCACCUCAACCAUCUCAUAACAGCGAUCGGAUCUGUUGGAAAGGGCUUCCCGGACCACGAGCAAGCUGCAAAGAACGCGCCUGUAGCACUCUGGCCGCACGUUUUCCAGCAAGCCAUGAAUGCAAUUCUGGUUGUUCUGACUCAGCUCAACGCCAGCACCGUCAUUCGCGAAGCUGCGCGCUUCACCUUCCAGCGUAUGGUUGGCUGUAUGGGCACCCUCAGCCUGCCCUACACGCACCACCUUCUCAAGGCUGGGCUCUUGGCCGGAGGUGUCGCCCGCGAAGUCAUUGACUUCCUGCCCGUCAUCAGCUUGAUCAUGCACAAAUUCCAGCCCCACGAAAUCCUGCAAGAUAUUCUAGGCCCCUUGAUGGAGCGCAUAUUUUUCUUCUUGAACCAACCUGCCAACGGCACGGAUGAUCUAGUGAUCCUCAACGACAUGAGGAAGGCGUAUCUCACCUUUAUCGGCAAUAUCUUCAAUGAGGAUCUGGAGGCUGUGCUGGUGAGCUCGCCACAGAUGCAGCCCAUGCUCCAGUCGGUCUUGGCCUAUGCCAGCAAUCUCUCUGAUCCGAUCUCGGCAAAGAUUGCCCUCUCGGUGCUCUCCAAGACUGUUGCGCCGAUUCCCGGUUACUCCCAGUUUAUCUAUGCAAGCAUUGUGCCCAUUCUCUUCCAGCUGCCGGUGAGCCCCGAGUUCAACAUGCAGAACGGCGACUUUAUCCUGAUCUUCACCGAGAUUGCCACGCUCCACAAGGUCAUUCUCGCAACACUCGGCCUCGAAUACGUCGACUACUUGCUCAAGGUGUACUUUGUGGGCAUCCAGUGCCCAGACGAGCUGGCGCGCGAGUUCACCAUGGCCCUCCAGAAACUCGACAUCAAGCAGUUCAAGAAGUAUCUGCAGGUAGGACACGCGCUGUUGCAUCUGUUGCAUCUGUCGACUUGA